AUGAUGGCUGCUUCAUCAUCACCAUCACCAUGUUCAUCGACAUCAAGCAUCAUCACCAUGCAUGAUGACAUCAUCCAUACACACAUCCUCACACGCCUCGACGCUGCCACGCUGGCAACAACAGCCUCCACUUGCUCUCACCUCCGCCACCUCUGCGUAGAUGACAAUCUCUGGCGAAAAAUCUGCACCGCCACGUGGCCUUCUUUAGUAGACCCCACCACCUGCCACAUCAUCUCCACUUUCCCAAACCGCCACCGUUCGCUCUUCUCCGACGCAUUCCCUGAUCUGCAUCAUUUCUCCUGCAGUUCGAAUUGUCCGUGGUCUCCUCCUCCGGUAGAGAUCAUCUCCGCCGUGGAUAUUUUCUACAAAGGUAAGCCGGUGUUCUCGAGAGUUCGGCGAACAGAAACAACGGAGAAUUCGUUUCUCUCGUCGCCGCUAUGGAUUGAAAUUCUGGAACCAAACGAGCUAAUUCCGACUGAGGUGAAGUUCGUGAGGAAGGACGAAGAACUGAUGAAGCAUCUGGGAGAGAAUUUAUCUUUAAGCUGGAUCCUAAUCGAUCCGACCGGGAAGAGAUCGGCGAAUGUUUCAAGCCGGAAGGCGGUUUUAGCACGGCGGCACUGGCUAACAAGAGACGUGGAGAUUCUCUUUGCGGUGACAAUGGCGGGGGAGGCGAAACGCGCGACGGAGAGAGUGCAGUGUAUGGUGAAGGUGACGUGCUGUGGGAAAGUUGGAGGGGAGUUGCACGUGAGGGAGGUGAGUUUAGUGAUGGAGGAUAUGGAUGGAGGGAAGGUGAGGUGGAAAGAAGGGGUUAUGAUUUUGCAGAAGGCGAUGGAAUUUGGGGAGAGGAAGAGAGUUGGUGAAGUGGGGGAGAUGAUGGAGAGGUUUGAUGGGUUUUUGGGUAUGGUUAGGGAGAGGAGAGAGAGGAAAUAUAGGAGACAGAAGGAACGUGAUGGUGUUUCUAUGGUGGUUGCCUUUCUUGUUUGUGUUUGGUUUUGUUACCUUGCUGGUUUUUGA